GGGAGAAAUUUACUCGAUGCACAACACAUAGCACACAGCACAUUGGCGUUCUCCACCUAACCAAACCAAACCAAACCAAACGGCCCAAUCCAACAAUUUUAAUUUAUCCCAAUUCCCAAUCUGUAUUGUUUGUUCUCUCUCUCUCUCUCUCUCUCUGCCCGUCCUUCAAAUCCUCCAUCACCCUUCGUUUUGGAGGUUUUCCGUUUUCGUGCACCUCCACCUCCUUCUUCCUACCAUUCUCCCCUUUUCCAUCCUGUCUGUCCUUCACUCCCCGUCACCCUUCACCUAGGCUCAUACUUUCUCAUUCAUCUCAGGACACAAGAUACCCCUUCAACCCCGUUUUCGCUUUUUUUUUUUUUUUUUUUUUUCCUGUUUUUUUUUUAAUAGUUUUUUUUUUUAAGAUUUUGGGUUUUGAUGGGUUGUCUUUGUUGUGAGUCUGCGGAGCCUUCCUGAUCCUCUCAAAGAGAGGUUUUGCAAUGUUCUUCCAUUUGUCAACAAGAAUGGGGAAUGGGGCGUUGCUGUUUUGGGUGGAUGAGGAGCGGUUGUCUCUCUGUUGAGUCUCCCACCACCUCUCUGCAUCCAUCUUAACGGUUCUCUGGAGGCAAGAGAAUCAUCCAUCUCUACAUAUUUGUGUUGUUUCCUCUUCCCUCGUGGCAUAUUUAUAUUUUGUCCUAAAGGAGCUGUUGGAUUGGGCUUCUGUUCUCCAUUUCUACCAUGGCAACCAAGAUGAAAGGGAUCUAUAAAGGGAUCAAAUACAUCUCCCAAAUAUUUGUUGUGAAGGAGCAGGAAAUGGAAAUUGGGUACCCAACAGAUGUUAAGCAUGUUGCACACAUUGGUUGGGAUGGCCCUUCUGGCAGUGCACCCAGUUGGUUGAAUGAGUUCAAGUCUGGCCCUGAUUUCUCCGUGACUUCGAUUGCAACCAUUCCUCAGCCAAGAAAUCCCAAUCCUGUUGCUAGUUCUACAUGGUCCUCUCAGGGCUUUAAACAAUCUGUCGGACACCAUCCAGUAUCUGAGAUGUUCGAUGAUAUUCCUCCAACAGAACGUCCAAAAGUUCCCAAGAAACAAAGGCGUAAAAAGAGCAAGUCCGCUUCCUCGCCCAAGUCAUCGUCCUCGUCAAGAUCCUCUCGAGCAGCAAAGUUGAAGGCUAAAUACAUUGAACCAGAGGCAGUGCCAAACCUACAAGUUUAGAGAUUGUGUAAAAUUAUGAACAUGGUGUGAAGAAUAGCAACCUGUCAAUGUGCAUAGUAAAGAUGGGGAAGUCCCCUUUCUCUUUCUGUACAUGGAAUUCAACCAUGAGGGCAGCGAAUAAGAAAAUACUGUAGGUUGAAAAAAGUUGUGUAAAUUAAAUUGAAGGUCACAUUUGCAUUUGUGAUCUUAACACAAAUAUAGGUGAAGAAGAUGAAUAGGUGGAGACUCUAGAGUGGAAACCCAGAAAACAUAAAGAGAACCAGUGUUCUUGGGUGAUGGAGUUUAGGGAAUGUGCAGAUUUUGUAUUUGUGAUGAGGAAUAAUUUGCAAAUUCAGAUUA